AUGGAAUCAAGGGAAGAACAACCAUCGCAAGCACAAUCUCAAGCUCAAUCCCAUUCUUCGGUUCAAUCAAAUGUACGAACAAAGACGGAUAUAGCAUGGGAACAUGUUACUCAAGUCGUUGAUGAGAAGGGGAAAAAGGCAUGGAUAUGUAACUUUUGUCAAAAAGUUAUAGGUGGUGGUGGAAUAAACAGGGUUAAGAAACAUCUUGCUGGUAUUAAAGGUGAGGUAGUAGCAUGCCCAAAAGUUAGUCCAGAAGUGCGGUUUACAAUGCAAGGAAAGUUGAAAGAGACUGCCCAAAAAGAAAAAGAAAAACGCACCACUAGUGUUACUAUCUUGGAUGAUGAUGAAGAGAUGGAGGAAAUAGAAAUGUCAACUGUGAAAAAGGGUAAAAGGAAAUCUACUUCAAACUUGCAUCCAUUUUUUACAAAAGGUAUAAAUGAUCCUUCCCAACCCACUAUUAAAUCUGCAAUGCAAAGUAAGGCAAAAAUACAUGAUGUGGAUUUAGCUAUUGCUAUGUGGUUUUAUGAUGCAUGUAUACCUAUGAAUGCUUGCAACUCUCCUUUUUUUCAACUUAUGGUAGAUAAAAUAGCAAGUAUUGGUUAUGGGUACAAAGCACCUAAUUAUCAUGCUCUGAGGGUUAAUUUAUUGACAGAUGCAAAAAAGAGAAAAAAUGUGGUUCAAAUGGUAACUGAUAAUGCUGCUAAUUACAAGCUUGCUGGUACUAAGUUAUGUGAAAGAUAUCCUUCUAUUACUUGGUCUCCAUGUGCAGCGCAUUGUCUUAAUCUUGUAUUAAAGGAUCUUUCAGAAUUGGAUAAUGUGAAAAGUUUGGUCAAUCUUGCAUCGAGGGUUACUAUUUUUGUUUAUAAUCAUAAGUGGCCGUUGAAUUGGUUAAGAAAAAGACCCGGUUGGAAAGAAAUUAUCCGUCCAGGUGCUACUCGGUUUGGUACCGUGUUCAUAGCAUUGCAAAGUUUGUAUGACCAUAAAGAAGAUUUACAAGCAAUGGUCAUAUCUAAUGAGUUUAAGAAGAUGUUGAAAGUGGGAAAUGCGGUUGAAUGUAAACAGAUUGUCUUGAAUGAAAUCUUUUGGAAGAAUUGUUUGAUUACAGUGAAAGUAAUGACUCCUUUGUUAAAGCUUUUGCGGUUGUGUGAUUCGGAUGAAAAACCUGCAAUUGGUUAUGUUUACGAGGGAAUGCGUCGGGCAAGAAGAGGGAUUAAGGAAUUGUUUAAGAAGAAGAAGGAAUUAUAUAGGCCUUACACUAACAUAAUUGAUAGCCGUUGGGAUAGGAUGUUAAGAAAAAGUAUUUAUUGUGCGGCUUAUUGGUUGAAUCCUGUUUUCCAAUAUGAUCAUGCAAAUCUUUGUAAGAAGAAUGAGGUGUUUCAAGGCGUUCUUGAAAUGGUUGAGAAGACUUUUAAAGGUGAUGACGUGUUAAAUAUUACCUUGAAUUUAGGGAGGUUUCGUGAUGCUGAAGGUACCUUUGGUAGAUCUAGUGCCGUUGCUUCUCGUAAUCUUACUCGUCCAGAUGAGUGGUGGAAGUUAUUUGGCGGAGAUAUUCCGGUUUUGCAAAAGUUUGCUAUUAGAAUAUUAAGUCAAAUGGCAUCUUCUUCCGGUUGCGAACGUAACUGGAGUGUAUUUGAAAGGAUUCACACGAAACGGAGGAAUAGAUUGGAACAUCAAAGGCUAAAUGAUCUUGUAUUUGUUCAUUACAACUUGCGUUUACAAAAUAGGUCUUACGAUCCUGUUGACUAUGAAAAUAUUGAUAAGACGGGAUUUUGGGUGGUUGAAGAAGAGCGGGAAGGAGAACUUAAUUAUGAUGAUUUGGAAAAUAUGCUUGAUGAGCAAGAGCAUGAACCGGCUUCUGAAUCACAAGGUGACCAUGUUGAUCAUGAAGUUGAUAGUGAAUUUCAGUUACUAAGUGACCGCGAGAUCGAUGCUUAUAAUACUCCAAUUUCUCAAGAUCCAUGA